CUUCUACCAUUCAUCCUUGUGUUUGAUCAUUGUCUUUCAUUAGUACUAUUUGCCUUCGUUGCGUUUCUAUUCUCUCUUAGAAGUUUGCAUUCCUUUUCUGGAUUGCACUUCUUCUCACUAAUUUCUAGCUGUUUCUCUCUCUAUACAUUUAGCUUAUAUAAAUAUAUCCGAGUUUUGUUUCAUCAGAGCUUCCACGAGAGAUUUUGUCUUUGAGUCGGCUACAUAUACAGAGCUUAUUGUAAGCCCAUAGUAAGGUGUGCAAAGAUGACGGUUACACCGAUAAUCUCCGUCAAUGAUGGGAACCUUGUGGCUCAUGGGAAAACCAUACUAACGGGAGUUCCUGACAACAUUGUUUUGACUCCGGGAUCUGGUGGUGGACUUGCUGCCGGUUCAUUUAUCGGUGCCACGGCGUCAGAUAGCAAAAGCCUUCAUGUCUUCCCUGUGGGAGUGUUAGAGGGUCUCCGAUUCGUGUGUUGUUUCCGUUUUAAGCUAUGGUGGAUGACUCAAAGAAUGGGGACAUGUGGGAAAGAUAUUCCUUUGGAGACCCAAUUCAUGCUCGUUGAGAGCAAAGACGUCUCUGAAGGGGAACAAGAUGAUGCCCCAACCAUCUACACAGUCUUCCUCCCUCUCCUUGAGGGCCAGUUCCGAGCUGUUCUCCAAGGCAACGAGAGGAAUGAACUUGAGAUUUGCCUCGAGAGUGGAGAUGAUGCUGUCAAAACCAACCAAGGGCUUUACCUUGUGUACAUGCAUGCUGGGACCAAUCCCUUUGAAGUCAUCAACCAGGCUGUUAAAGAGGCAGAGAAACACAUGCAAACUUUUGUUCACCGAGAGAAGAAAAAGUUGCCCUCUUUCCUUGACUGGUUUGGCUGGUGUACAUGGGAUGCUUUUUACACUGAUGUUACAGCCGAGGGCGUUGAACAGGGCCUUAAAAGCUUGUCAGAGGGAGGGACUCCUCCUCGGUUCCUAAUUAUAGAUGAUGGCUGGCAACAGAUUGGUAGCGAAGCCAAGGACUCAAAUUGUGUUGUACAAGAAGGAGCACAAUUUGCUAACAGACUGACAGGAAUAAAGGAGAAUGCCAAAUUUCAAAAGAAUGGAGAGAACAAUGACAAGGCACCAGGCCUCAAGCACGUUGUAGAUGAAGCCAAGCAGCACCACAACGUUAAGAAUGUGUAUGUAUGGCAUGCUCUAGCAGGGUACUGGGGCGGAGUAAAACCAGCAGCUACUGGCAUGGAACACUAUGACACUGCUUUGGCAUACCCAGUUCAGUCUCCAGGUGUACUGGGCAACCAACCGGACAUUGUCAUGGACAGUCUUGCCGUUCAUGGCCUGGGCCUGGUGCAUCCAAAGAAGGUAUUCAACUUCUACGACGAGCUUCAUGCCUACCUAGCUUCCUGUGGAGUAGAUGGAGUCAAAGUUGAUGUGCAAAACAUUAUUGAGACCCUUGGUGCCGGCCACGGUGGCAGAGUUUCUCUCACUCGUGCCUACCAUCAGGCCCUGGAAGCUUCCAUUGCGCGGAACUUUCCUGACAAUGGAUGCAUUGCUUGCAUGUGCCACAAUACCGACGGGAUCUAUAGUGCCAAGCAGACUUCUGUAGUGAGGGCUUCUGAUGAUUUUUACCCUCAUGAUCCUGCUUCUCACACUAUCCAUAUCUCAUCAGUGGCUUACAACACUCUGUUCCUGGGAGAAUUCAUGCAACCUGAUUGGGAUAUGUUUCAUAGUUUACAUCCUGCUGCAGAGUAUCAUGCUGCUGCUCGAACAGUUGGAGGAUGUGCAAUUUACGUCAGUGACAAGCCUGGCAACCACAACUUUGAGCUUUUGAAGAAGCUGGUCCUCCCUGAUGGAUCGGUGCUCCGUGCAGAAUUACCUGGCAGGCCAACUCGUGAUUGUCUUUUCGCUGAUCCAGCAAGAGAUGGGACCAGCUUGCUUAAAAUAUGGAAUGCCAAUAAAUGCACUGGUGUGGUUGGUGUUUUCAACUGUCAAGGUGCUGGUUGGUGCAAGAUCGAGAAGAAAACUAAAAUCCAUGAUGCAUCUCCCAGCACCCUCAGUGGCUCUGUGCAGGCCACCGACGUUGAUGUUCUGCCCCAGGUUGCUGGCCCAGAUUGGAAUGGUGAAAGUGUAGUUUUUUGCCACAGAUCAGGGGAAGUAAUUAGAUUACCAAAAGAUGCCUCACUGCCUGUGACACUUAAAGUUCUAGAGUAUGAACUCUACCAUUUCUGUCCCCUGAAGGAAAUUACAAAGAACAUCUCCUUUGCACCAAUUGGUUUGCUCGACAUGCUCAACACCAGUGGUGCUGUGGAGCAGUUUGAAGUGCAUUUGGCUCCAGACAAAAAACCCGAGUCGUUUGAUGGAGACGUUAUUUCUGAGCCAUCCAGUGAAGGCCUAUCUCCGUCGGCAACUAUUGCACUCAAAGUCAGGGGAUGUGGCCGGUUUGGCGCUUACUCUUCUCAGUGUCCCCUGAAAUGCACUGUGGAUAAUGCUAGCACCGACUUCACUUACGACACUGCUACCGGAUUACUGACCCUGAGCAUUCCUGUAACGGAGGAGGAGUUCUACAGAUGGACCGUUGAAAUCGAAGUUUAAUUAGUUUGAAGAGUAGAAAAAUCGAAGUUUAAUUAGUCUGCAGAGUAGAAAAAUUAGUGUAGCAGCAAAAUGUUGUCACCACUGUUUAGGUGCUUAGAGUAUGUAGGAGUCUAUUAUAGCUUAAAGUGAUGGGUGGUUGUGAAAUCGAAGUUUAAUUAGUUUGCAGAGUAGCAAAAUUAUUGUAGUAGCAAAAUGUUGUCACCAUUGUGAAGGUGGUUAAGAGUAUGUAGGAGUCGAUUAGCUUAAAGUGAGGGGUGGUUGUGAUUUCAGAUGAUCUUUUUGUAUUGCAGAGAGGAAGUGAUGGAGACUUUCCAUUGUGGUUCUGUAUUGGUUUCCAUUUCUCUGUAAUAAAGCUCUACCUGUUUGUUCUCUUUUGAUCA